UAGAAAGUCAUUCAGGCCACCGGUGAAUGGAGCGUGUCUAAGCCAAGACGCUGGAGGACUUAACUGGCAGCGCUAAAAUAUGAGAGCCUCGCAAUCUGCCCUGGUGGGCGCCAUCCUCACCCUGCUGAUUCUCACUGACCCCAGCCAUGGAGAAUCCUACUUUGGGGACAGCUUCUGCAGUAUCCAAACCGUCCAAGAUGUCUCUCGCUUCCACGUGACAUUACAGAUGAAGACGAGUCGGAGAAGUGGCCUACUGCUCCUGGCCGCUGGAAUGGAGGACUACCUGUUUAUCGAGCUCCUAAAUGGGAAAAUACAGGCGCGGAUGAACAUGGGUGCGGGCGAGGUGAUGUUGUCAUCAUCGCAAGGCCUCCAGCUCAACAACCUUCUGGACCACAAAGUUUCCCUCACGCUGCAGGAGGCCAAGCUCACCCUGACAAUUGACGAUCUCUUCUCCACAUAUGUCCCUGUUGGCGAUGACGGGGAGGAACUGAACAUUGACCAGGGCAUUUGGUUGGGAGGAACCGGAGAACUUGAUACUCCCUACCUGAGCAAUGCCAUUCCGCCUUUCCGUGGCUGCAUGACCAACGUCAAAUUCGAGUCCCAUCAAUUUGACAUUCUCGGCACACUCUUCAAACAGUGCCACGACACCAAGGAAUCCUGCAGCAGUGAGUUUGAAGCAGGUGACGGAGAGGCAACCAGUUUUAGCACUCCAGAUUCUUUUGUCUCUUUUCCUACUUGGAGUGGAGCUAGCGGUACACCAAGAGUUUUGGAAUUCCUCAUGAAAACUACCAUCGAGGAUGCCCUUCUGGCCUUUCACCCCGGGAGAGAGACGGACUUUAUCGCUAUCGGUGUUGUGAAAGGCUACCUAAAAGGCGUGCUGGACUAUGGCAAGGGCAUGGAGGUGCUGGAGAACAAUGAAGUGCAGCUGGAUGAUGAUCAGUGGCAUAGAAUUAGGGUCCAGGUCAGUGAGGAUUCAUUUGACAUCAAUAUCGACAGCCAGAUCGUAUCCCUUCCUCUUGAUUCUACGCAAAAAUUGGACUUGGUGGGAAAUUUAUAUUUGGGAGGCAUUCAGGCUAAAAUGAAGGAUGUCUUUCGGGCGAGUGACUCAUUAAAUCGCGCAGAAGAAGAGAUGACUGCCGAGUCCUUCAUCGGAUGCUUGGGAGAGAUCAAAGUCAAUCAGAAGGAUCGGAGCUUACAGGAUGCGCUGGUGACCAAAGAUGUUCACGUCAAAUGCGAAGGAGAGGACUACGACUAUUCCAGUUAUUACGACGCCGACACGACAACAACAUCCCCGCCGCCCCGUACUCAGUAUGUUGAUAUUGAAAUGACAGAACCGCAUUGCUACCCGACAGAGGACACGCCGGCUAUCUUCAAAAAUGUGACCAAGCUCCUUGAUGUAAUACCAAUGCUUGUGCCAGAAGGUGGGGAGGUUUUUCUCGACAUUGAAAACCUGCGCCCGACCUUUGACCUUGGUGCUGCCGGCAUGCGUCAGUCCCAGAUCAUCUUUUCUCUUAAGACCGACCCUUGGUACGGUCUGCUUGACAUGAACAUCAACACAAAACGCACGCAAAAAUUCACUCUUCUGGACGUCGUCAACAAGAAAAUUAAGUAUAUGCAUGAUGGACACGAAAGACACGCGGAUCGGAUUCACCUGGAGGUGGUUGCGAGCAGUAAUGGCUACCUCCCAGAAUGUCUUAAAACACCCCAAAGUUAUGUGCUACCAGUCGAAAUCAUUCCUGUCCGUGACAUUCCACAAGUGAGUGGUGGAGAAAUCCCCAUUAUAGAAAAUGGCAGGACUCGCUUGAGCCCCGGUCUUCUCAAAAUCGCAGAUUCCGACACACGCUGUGACAACUUGGUGCUAACUGUGACAUCUGAGGUUUCCCCUGAAAGGGGUUAUCUCGAGAAAAGUCAGGAACCAGAGCAAAGAAUUACAGCGUUUACUUGCAGGGACCUAAAGGAAGGGAAUAUCUAUUACGUGCACAAAGGGGGCGACGGGAACACCAUUACCGUCAAAGUAUCAGACGGUCAAUCUGUCAGCCACUCUGCAACUUUCAAGUUGGCUUUGACAGAGCCACAUAUGACCGUCGUUACCAACACUGGACUGCUCUUGGCUCAAGGCAGCAACGCUUCUAUCGGCAUUCACAAUUUGGCAGUCGUCACGCAUCCUCGCAACGGAGAUGUCGUUUAUAACGUCACGCAACCGCUCAUAUACGGCGAACUGAAGAUCAUGACGAGCGAUGGGAUGUUAAAGGCAAUCACAGAGUUCCAUCAGUCCGAUCUGGAUCAAAAUUACCUCAGGUACUUCAGCACAGAUUCCAGUGACCAAGAUGACGUUGUUGUUGAACAGAUUCAGUUUGACACGCACCUGGGAACGUUCUCCCUCAGGAAUAACACAUUUUUAGUUAAAAUCAUGCCUUCUCCGGUAAAACUCUCUGCCCUGGUGCCAAUGGAGAUGCAGGCUAGUGAAGAGCUGAUCAUUGGAUCCGGUGAACUUCAAGCUGAAGUGAAAGGGAGAAAACCAGACCCGGAAAGUGUUCAGUACAUUCUUGUCAAGCCUCCAAGCCUGGGUAUUCUGCAGAUACUGGACACAGAGUUGAAUGAAGGCGAUACCUUCACCCAGAGAGACAUAAUGGACAAUUAUAUCAGCUACAGAGUUCUAGGGCGAAGAGCUGUCGACACGACGGAUCAAUUCCAGUUUAAAGUCUUUGCCGACGAUCAGUACUCUCCUUUAUACACAUUUCCGAUCACCGUCCUUGCCGAUUCCGAUGCCCCCGUUCUGACCAAUGAGUUGCUAUCCGUCCUACAAGGCAGUGAGCAGGUUUUAAACAAAAAUCACCUGUGGGUGGAAUCAACCGGCUCCUCAGAUUUUAUGUACCAGGUCAAUCAAGAACCAAAGCAUGGGCGACUCAUCAGGGACUCCCCUCCAGGUCAGCCUCGAUUCGAGGGAGCCAUUCGAGUGUUCAGUAACGAAGACCUCCAACUUGACAGACUCAUAUACCAGCACGAUGGUUCCGCGACGGAUAAGGAUGAGUUCCACUUCACGGUAUUCGAUCAGGGAGCAGACAGGUUUGGCAUUCAGGAAACGAUCCGUGACGUUUUCAGGAUAUCCAUCCAAAGCAAGAACGAGCACGCUCCGCUGCAAGUUGUGGAUAAAGUUUUCCACGUUGUCCGGCACGGACAGCGCCUGCUAACAACUGAUGAUAUCCAGUUCAAAGAUGAUGACUUGGGUUUCAACGAUUCCCAGAUCGUCUACGCUCGUGAGGGUAUCCUUUCUGGCAAUAUUGUCGCCGCCCACAAUCCCUCACAAUCCCUUUUCCGUUUCACCCAAGCCGACCUGCGAGAUAAAAGGGUUCUCUUUAUUCACCAAGGAGCGGAUCAAGAGCGCUUCCCGCUGAAAGUGUCUGACGGAUUUCACAAGACAACUGCUUUGCUGCAGAUUCAAGCCGGCGAACCCUACCUGAGAGUGGCGAACAAUACCAUGAUUGUCAUUGAUCACGGAAGCACCAAGACCCUGGACACGACAUUGCUGAGCGCCGAGUCCAACAUGGACAUCAGGGAUGAGAGCGAGAUUAGGUUUCGGGUGACGUCACCACCCAGUGAAGGCAGAAUUAUUGUCAGUGGGAUUGAGGCGCAAGAAUUCACCCAGGAGGACCUGAAAAAGGGCGUGGUUUCCUAUGAGCAUAAUUACGAGAGCCUGAGGUCCAAGGAUGCCUUCAGUUUCACAGUCCAAGCGAGAGACAACUCCGAGGACGGCACAUUCAGGAUUAAAAUAUUCAAACAAGGGUACCUCUCAGAGCCUCAAGUGAUUACCAAUGCGGUCGUCAUUUCCUACGAGGGCGAGCACACGGUCAUCAACUCCGAUUUUGUCAAGGUGGAGCAAGCUGACAUUCUGCCGACGGAAAUGGUGUUCACCAUCAAAGAGCCGCCCCGCCUCGGCCAUGUGGUCAAGCUGACAAACAGCACGGACGGCACAGACUCGCCGCUCCUCGACUAUAUUCACUCGUUCACGCAGGAGGACAUUGAUCACGGGCGCAUCCUCUACGUGUCUGCGUCCAUCCUGGGUACUGACGCGUUUACCGUGGAGGUCAGCAACGGUUUUACCACAGUGGAGGACCUGCGCAUCGCCGUGAAUAUCGUGCCUCGAAUCAUCCCCAUCCGGGCCCUCAAUUUUACCGUGAAGGAAGGCUUCAGCAGGGUCAUCAACGAUGACGUCAUCAACAUCUCGCAUCCCUUCUACAACUCCUUCAACAUCGAAUUUGUCGUGGGAGACCCGCCCAAGCACGGCGAGAUCCGUUUCCAGGAUGGAGAUGAGCUGACUUAUUUCACUUGGGAAGAGAUAAGACUCGGACACAUCUACUACGUGCACGACAGCAGCGAGAGCACCGAGGACGACUUCACCAUCUCCGCCUCGGCUUAUGAGAUCGACCGCCGCAGCCUCCCCGUCACCGUCGCCGUGACUGUCAGGCCUGUCAACGACGAGCCGCCCAAACUGACGCACAACACCGGGCUGGAGGUGCUCGCCGGCGAGGAGGCCGACAUCACGUCCAGCAUGCUGAAAAGUGAAGAUGCCGAUACCCCCGCCGAGGAUGUCUUUUACAACGUGGAGUCUCCCACCAGCGGGAUGGUGGCCUUCAAAGACUUCCCCGAGGAGGCCGCCGUCAACUUCACCCAGGCCCAAAUUGACAACGGGGAGGUCAUCUUCAUUCACGAGGGUGAGGAGUCUGGCGGUUUUAACUUCACGGUGACAGACGGCGAACACACGUCUCCGCUCUACAGAUUUGUGGUCACGGCCAGGCCCCUCACCAUCACCAUGGAAACGCAAGAGGAGCUCAUGGUGUUUCCAGGAACCAGGCAGCCUAUCACGGCUGCCAAUCUGGGUGCCGUGACUAACGAGGACGGAAACGAGAUCAGCUACUCGCUGCUCCACCCUCCCCGUUUGGGGAGACUCAUUCUGGCCAACGACAAGAACCAAAUGGAGGAAAUCAGCCGAUUCUCCCAAACUCAGCUGGAGUCUGGAGCGGUCUUCUAUGAGCACCAGAUGCCCGAAAAGCCCUUCUGGGUGGUGCGGGACUCCGUGGAGCUCAUUCUGUCCUCCCAGCCUGCCCCGGAUGUCCGUCACGUGCUGCCCAUCACCAUCUCUUACUAUGCGACGCAUAGCAACAUUUCCUCACAGAUGUGGAGGAACAAAGGUCUGGAAGUCGUGCAAGGCCAGAGGAAAACGUUCGAUGACUCCAUCUUUGACGCUUCCAACCUCCAGGCCAGCCUUCCUGAGCCGGAGAACGCAGAUGUGGUAUUUGAGAUCAAACGUUUCCCUGACCAUGGACGUAUCACCCUUGGGGGUCAGGACCUUCCUCGGGAUUCGCCUUACUUCACGCAGGGGGAUGUGACCCGAAGAGAGCUGGAAUACCUCCAUGAUGAUUCAGCGGCUUCCUUUGACAGCUUUUCCUUCAGGGCCCGUCUGAGGUCUCGGGUUGAUGGCGUGACGUCCGACUCUGUCGUCCUGGAGGAGAUCUUUAACAUCUCCAUCAAACGACGGGGAUCUGAACCCCCGGAACUCGUCACCAUUGACCAGCUACUUGAGGUUCUACAAGGAUCAAUGAUCCUUGUGACCCAGAAGCAUCUGAACACCCAUGAUGAAGACAGCCCGCCAGAUGAGGUCCAUUUCAAGGUCACCAAAGCCCCCAAAAACGGGCACCUGAUUGACGCCCACACCAUGGACACUCUCUCUGAGUUCACCCAAGAGAUGAUCAACAACGAGCAGGUGGGCUUUCACAGCGACGGCAGCCUUGCAGACGGCUUUGUGGAAUUCAUCGUGUCGGAUGGGGAACAUCAGACGGAGCCGCAAACGCUUCACAUCGGAAUCCUCGCUCGCACCCUCAUUCUGGACAAAGCCCCGGAGAUCAAAGUGAAGCAGGGAGAUGAUGAAACUCUGGUGACCGAGGAAAUGCUGAAAGCAACCACCGGUGGCCCUGUGGAGGAAGACGUCAUCUACAAGAUCACAAAUGUUCCAAAGUACGCGGCGGUCAUGGUAGACCGGCAGCCCACUUCAGCUUUCACCCAGAAACAGAUCAAGGAAGGAAGAGUCAGCGUGCGCUUUGUGAAGUCCACCUCGCCCCGCGACAGCGUCGCAUUUGUUGCUCGAAGUCGGGCAGCAAAUGUGUCGUCUGUCCUCAACAUCACGGUCCAGCCCUUGGCCAAAAUUGCUCAAGACCCUCUACUGCCUGAAGACUCAGUUGUUCAACUUGACAGGAAGCUUUUGGAUGCAACACCCCUGGAGAACAAAACCAGGUCCUCGCCGACGUUCACGGUCAUCCAGCAGCCACGGGGCGGUCCGUUCGUCAGGUCUGGCGGUCCUGGUGCAGGACAGCCUUUGGACUCGUUCAGCCAGCGGGACCUGGAUGAAGGGCACGUUGCUCUAGAAAUCCCCAAAAGCUCCUCCGGGUCCCAAGAUGGGGUCACUCGGGAUGAGGCUCGCUUCUUACUCAAGGCUCACGGGGUCCCCCCAGCAGAGUGUGUGCUUUCCUUUCAAACUGGCCCUUACAAUGCCUCUGGUGUCUACCCCGCCACUCUACUGAGGGUCCCCUCAGAGGUCCCAACAAAGGACCGGAAAGACAAGCCCACUGUGAGUGUGUACCCCCUUGCAACCACCGAAAGCCCUCGUUGGAAAGCCAACCAGGACCAACCCCACGGGGACGCUCACACCACCGCAACCCCAUCUGACAGCGGCUCUCACAGGAACCCCGUGGUUUCUCGACGCGGCAACAUCUGGUCUAUUCUCAUCCCCAUCCUCGUCAUCCUCAUCCUCCUGCUCCUGGCAGCCCUCUUGGCAUACUACCUGGUCCGUAAAAACAAAACAGGCAAGCACAACGUCCAGACGGCGGCGGCGGCCAAGCGGAAAAACGGCGAGGUGGCCGGCACGGAAACUUUUCGGAAAACCGACCCGGCAAAUAACAUCCCCAUGUCUAACGUGGAUUCCAAAGAGGCUGACCCAGAGCUGGUGCAGGACUGUCGGACAACGACUCCGGUCUUGAAAAAGAACCAGUACUGGGUUUGAGACUUUGACACCCUGGCCCCCCACCACCAGAGGUGGAUCCUCAAGUGUUUGGAGCCUCCUCCGAGUCUUCUCAGUAUUAAAGACUUCUUGCCACAGCAGUUUGAUGGAUUUUUGUUCUUUGACGCAAACGGUCGCAUACUUCUCUCAACUCAACUGUGGACUGAUUCUCAGGCAACAUAACACUGAAUAGUUGUUUGGUAAGGCAAGAGGCAGUUUCUUAUCUUCAAAUGCCAUGUAUAUUUAUUUUAGCAUUCCUCUCUGUCAAAGGGCACAAAUGACAUAAACAUGAUCGGUGUUUGCAAAAAAGAAAAAGUAUGCUAUGCUCGACCAUCUUCUAACAGAGGCCCGCAUUUCUUGUUCACAUUUUGCAUCGUCGAUCAGCUUCCAGCUCAUGAGCGUAGCUGUUAAGUGUACAUCAGGUCAAUGAUGACGUCAACACACUUAGGCCCAGAUGCAGCGUAUCUGGACAGUGACAGUUUGGAUUAUUUUUGACUUUAGAAACCAUCACAAUGAGUUUUAAGUAAAACAAUUAGACUGCCUCCAUUUUCGAGAGCUUCUAGCGCAGCAGUCCCCAACCUUUCUUUCUUUAAGUCAGACUCAUGAUACUGUCUAUGAAAUGUCGCCUUCUUUUUCUUGGAAGUCAUCGGCUGCUCUUCUGUCUCCUGGUUGAGCCUUUUCCCCUUCCCUGAGAUGUUUGUUUUUUUACUCAUUUUGCUAGCUCCCGGGUUUCAUUUUAGCGAUAACCUAUCAUGUGACCUCGAACCCCGCCUUGACCUGCGUCAAGCCUAACAAAUUGUAGACGGAUGUAACAGAGAGUCCAGUUAUUUUUCAAAAUAAAACAUCUUUCAGAU